AUGAACAGCCAGAUAAGGUAUGAACUUUUUGUUAAGGCUCAAAAAGAUAAAAAUCUUGAUGUUAUCCAUUUAGAAAGAUUGAUAGACACAAGAUGGGCGUAUUGGUACACAUCAAUUAAAAAAAUUAAUAUGCGUUUUUCUGAAUUGUUAGAAGUUCUUUCAGUUCUAAGUAAUGAAGGUGAUCAAACUGCAAGAGCUAUUGGAAUUUCAAAUGAAAUGUCUACUUUACCCUUCAUAUUAACUUCACUCUCCAUGGAAGCUCUUUUACAAACAGUUCAUUGUGCCUCUUUAGGACUCCAAAAUUCCAAUGUGAUACAAUCCGUGGCAGUUAAUUUAAUAAAUAGUACAAAAGAGUCUAUUGAACAAAUGCACAAUGAUACUUUUUGGGAAAAUAUUAAUAAUUCAGCAAAAUUAAUUGCUGAAAAAAAUGGAAUAGCUAUAGAAAAUAGUAGAAGAAAUCGAAGACCACUGACUUUGAAUAAAAAUCUUAAUGACUUUUUUGUGCAAUCAACAAUAGGACAUAAUUCUAAACGGUGCAUUGAUACUGAUGAAAAUUUACAAUCAAACAAUCCAAAAUAUUUGUUUUAUACUGCAAUUGACAGUCUCUUACUUGAAUCUGAAUUUAAAUCUGCUAAAGCCCUUAUCCAAAAUUCUAACACAAACCAAAAAACUUUAAAAAUCAUAACUAUCCUCUUAACUUUACCCGUUUCAACUGCUUCAAAUGAACGUUUCUUUUCUUCGUUUAAGCUUGUUAAAACGCAUUUAAGAUUAACAAUGGGCGAUGAACGACUGAGUGAUUUAUUAGUGAUAGCUGUGGAGAAGGAAACAGCUUCACUGAUAAAUUUAAAUCAAGCUGUUGAUAUGUUUGGAGCUAUGAAAACAAGAAGAUAUCCUGUCACUGCCUAG